CUUAUGUUUAAAUGUUUUCUUUUUAGAUUCUGUAUCAAUGGGUUUCGAAUGGAAUGUUUAUGCCUCAAUCGAGGAUGCAAUCAUUUUUGGUAACUAACACGUACGGAGAAAAAAUUGCGCGAACUUUGUUUUGCCAAAAAUGCAUAUCUUACGUAGCGUCUUCCGUGUGUGGUAGUGAAACGUAUAUUUUCGACAAUAAAUUAAUACCACUUGUCAUUGAACACUUUCCGGCGGGAACGUCKUCCAAACUAACCACGCACUUCUCACAACUUGUAUUGAAAGACUGUUUUAGCCGGUACGACUACGGUCCGAUGAUGAAUUUAAAACAUUACAAUUCUACUGAACCUCCAACGUACGACAUGACAUCCAUACAAGUACCCAUUUCGUUGAUAUACGGAAAAGACGACGUAUUGACGAACUUGAAGGACGUUAUGAGACUGAAAUCGCAACUUCCGAAGCUGAUGGACUUCGUUUCGGUGGACAGCCCRCGUUGCAAUCACGUGGAUUUUUUGUGGAGUCUWGACGUGACCAAACAAGUGAACGCGAAGGUGACGGAAAUACUGCAGAAGACCGACCACACUGACUGGGAGUACACGGGUCCUUCUGAGGACUCUUGUACRGUUGAUGUCGACGAAACGGGUGAUAACRACAGUCCRACRACCAAAGGACGACAACCGAACUCGAAGGACGACCAACAUGAAUACGUAAACUUUGCACCGGGCCCGGAUAUCUUGGCAAAGUAUGCAUCGGGUGAAACUCCGGUGCAGCAGCACGACGACAAGUCAGCGGAGCUCGCACGAGGCUGGAAACUGAUGCAAAAGCUGCAACUUUUGGACAACUUGAUCGUGCUKUUGAAGUCCACCGAAACGAAGUACCACCGACUUAGGGACAGUUUGUCUAGGGAGUUAUCCGAAUGGACUCACGGCGACCGGAACGAGAYCGGAACUCGUUGCGACGCCGGAAAUAACGGUGCCCUGGAGGUCGUCGUGGAAGACACGGUGGCCGGUGUAAAGACCGAACAAACCACCGUGACGUCGCGCGGCACCGGUAUCAGAAAAGUCGGCGACUUUGUUGAUUAUUGUGGUCGCCUAAACCGCAUAAACGACCGGAUGGCGGCGAGACGCGCACUCUACACCACGUUGAGUAGUCUCGGAAGAGCGUUAAGGUUUUUAAAGUUGCGUAAUAAAUAGGGGAUGGUUUUCACGAGAACCCUCUCUUAAAAAUAUACAUGUUUCAAUUUGUGUGAUUUAAA